AUGAGCACUGCCUUUGUUGUCGGAGCCACUGGGGCAGUCGGAUCAGAACUUGUGAAACUCCUCGCGGAUUCCACAAAGUUUUCCAAGGUCGUGCUGCUAGCAAGAAGAUCGGUCGACGCUGCAACUGGAGACAAGUUUGUUCAGAAGACCGUCGAUUUUGAAAAACUUGAGGAGAAUUCUGAAGACGUCCGCAACCUCGAUGUCGCAUUUUGUGCACUUGGUACAACACGGGGCAAGUCGGGAGCCGAUGGAUUCUACAAAGUAGAUCAUGACUACGUCAUGAGUGCCGCUAAACUGGCAAAGGAGAACGGUGUCAAGCAAUUCAUACUUGUCAGUUCUGGUGGUGCUGACGAAACAUCCCGAUUCCUGUACAUCAAGACAAAAGGAGAGGUUGAAAAAGAAAUCGCCGAACUUAAUUUCGAUAAGUUUGUCAUCAUGCGUCCAGGUCUCAUCGAAACAAAACGAGAGGAGUUCCGUUUCGCAGAAGCUGCAGCAUGUGUUUUAAUGAAACCAUUGAAGCUAUUCUCCAACCGAUUCUCCAGUUCUGCAGCCGAGAUCGCUCAGGCAAUGAUCAAUGCCACUCAAACUGAUGACACUGGGAAGCAGAUCUGGGAUAAUGUGAAGAUCGUAGAGGAGGCCAAGAAAUACUCUGCUUAA